UGCAUACAUAAUAUAUGCAGAGCAUGGAGAAGGACUUCAGGUUCUUCAUUACGAAGUGGGACAGAAAUAUGAACCUCAUUUUGAUUACUUCCUUGACGACUACAAUACAAAGAAUGGAGGUCAACGUAUAGCAACAGUGCUUAUGUACCUCUCAGACGUCGAAGAAGGAGGCGAGACAGUGUUCCCUGCUGCCAAAGGAAACUUUAGUUCUGUACCUUGGUGGAAUGAGCUUUCUGAUUGUGGGAAGAAAGGACUUUCCGUUAAACCGAAGAGGGGCGAUGCAUUGCUUUUCUGGAGCAUGAAGCCCGAUGCCUCUCUAGACCCUUCAAGUUUGCAUGGUGGCUGUCCUGUUAUCAAGGGGAAUAAA